UUCUUGAAUUUGAACCACUUUGGUUCGAAUUUUGGUUUGUCCUAUUAGGUAUCCCGAUUUUGAUUGGCGGGAAAAUUGUUCUUAUUUAUAGAUUGUUUUUAUUGAUUAUCCGUAGGCUUGAGGAGAGAAUUUGAGUAGCAGAUUAAAUAAAUCGAGUGGUUUUUUGUUGAAGAAAGAGAUGGGUGUUUCUGAUAAUUCGACAGGGUUGAUACUGGCUGUGUUAUCUAGCGGAUUCAUUGGAACAAGCUUCAUAUUGAAGAAGAAAGGUCUUAAGCGAGCUGCUGCUUCCACUGGUUUUGGUGCAGGACAUGGAGGAUACACUUACCUACAAGAACCACUUUGGUGGGUAGGCAUGAUUACAAUGAUUGUUGGAGAGGCUGCCAAUUUUGUUGCUUAUGCUUAUGCUCCGGCCGUUCUUGUAACCCCUCUUGGUGCAUUGAGUAUAAUCGUAAGUGCUGUUUUGGCUCACUUCUUGUUAAAAGAACACCUGAAGCGGAUGGGUGUUUUGGGAUGUGUUUCGUGCAUAGUGGGUUCAGUAGUGAUCGUGAUGCAUGCACCCGAGGAGCACACUCCAAGUUCUGUAGAAGAAAUAUGGAAUCUAGCAAUUGAACCAGCAUUCCUAUUAUACGUAGCAGCUACAUUAUCAUUGGUAGCGGCUCUUGUGAUGCAUUUUGAACCGCGUUAUGGGCAGACAAAUAUAUUGAUAUAUUUGGGGAUAUGUUCCCUAAUGGGUUCUCUAACAGUCGUAAGCAUAAAGGCCAUCGGUAUUGCAAUAAAGCUUACUCUAGAGGGAGUUAGUCAAGUUGCAUAUCCUCAAACUUGGGUCUUCGUUACCGUUGCUGUACUAUGUGUGAUCACACAGUUGAAUUAUCUUAACAAGGCUUUGGAUACAUUCAACACAGCAAUUGUUUCCCCAAUAUAUUAUGUGAUGUUCACUUCUUUAACGAUCGUUGCAAGUGUUAUAAUGUUCAAGGAUUGGAAAGAUCAAAGUGUUAGCGACAUAGCAUCUGAGAUAUGUGGAUUCAUUACUGUUCUUUCGGGAACAAUUGUUCUUCAUUCGACAAGAGAGCAAGAACCAUCUGUGGCACCAGGAACGGUAACAUGGUAUGAUCAAGAUCCCAUAAAAACCGUGGAGGAGGAUGAACAUCUAAUCACCAUUCACAAUUCAGAUUAUUUCGACUAGAAAUCUUGUCUCAAGAUUGUAUAGAUCAUAUCAUUUAUUGGAGAUGCAUUCACAAGUGCAUAUGAGAUUGGAUCAACAUGUUUCCAUUGAGGAGUUGCAAGGGUUUGAUUUUAGCGGCCGAAGAAGAUCAUUGAAGAUUGUAUCAACUCGGAUAUGAAGUCUCCAACAAAUCAUCAUUCGAUCAUCGUAGAUUGUUUGGAUUUUUCAUCGAGGAUUGUACAUAUUUUAUGUUCUUUUUUUUUUAAUUUCGCUCGUACGAUUCUAGUUUGAGGUGUAAGUUUUUUAGUUUGUGAAGAUCAAUCAUUCAUCUUUUGUACA